CACAUUCUUAUAUUUUAUUGGUUUAUUCAGUCAUGUGGGCGGGACUAAGGAAGUAUAUUAUUGAAUGGCCCACCCUCUUCCUCAUUGUGGUGAGAAACAGGCGUGUGUUUCAGGCUUUGUGUACCACAUCAGCAAAGAUGGUGAAGAUCUUCAUUGGAAACCUGCCUCAGCAGGCAGAAGCAGAAGAAAUUAAGUCUCUCUUUACUCAAUAUGGAACGGUCACAGAGUGUGCCAUUAUCAAAAACUUUGCAUUUGUCCAUAUGGAUGAUCGCAAAAGUGCAACGAAGGCCAUUCGAAACCUUCAUUUGUACAAGCUGCAUGGAACACCCAUCAAUGUUGAAGCGAGUCGGGGCAAGAACCAGGGCCCGGUGAAACUUCACGUUGCCAAUGUGGAGAAGGGAACUGAUGAAGAGCUCAGAGCGCUGUUUGAAGAGUACGGCACAGUUACGGAAUGCGCCAUCAUCAAGAACUUUGCCUUUGUACACAUGAGCAACUCUGAUGAGGCUAUGGAUGCAAUCAAGGGGUUGGACAACUCUGAAUUCCAAGGCAAACGAAUUCAUGUGCAGAUUUCAAAGAGUCGACCAAGAGGCGAGGAGGAGGAAGGCUACGGCCCCCCAGAUGGUGGAUAUUGGCCGCCCCGUUUCCCUGGUGACCGGCCAGAGCCCCCUGGUUACCCUAGGGGACGCUUUGGGUACCCCCCUGGACCCCCUCCACCACCACCCCCUCCUCCCAGACGCCCCCCAUAUGCAGAGCGUGCAGCACCAGCAUACGAACGCGAACGUGGUGUGGUCGACUAUUACGAGAAGUACCGCGCUCGCCCUUACGGCGUCUCCUCGUAUGAGGACCGGCGUACGGGUGCCAUUCCCCCUCCCCCUCCGCCCCCCUCAUCUGCCAUUAUGAGAGAGCGACUGGCUGGCAACGGCCUCGACCCCUAUGAGCGACGCCCCCUCCCACCCCCGCCAUCCUCGUUCUAUGCACGAGACCGCAGUCCCAUCAGACGUGCUCCUCCUGCCCCACCGACACCCGCUGGGAAUGGUUACUCAUACGAGCGAUCUCGUCUCUCCCCUCUCUCCAUGUCUCGGACCCCGAUGUACAGCAUGCCUCGGCCCAGAGACCCCUAUGCUGACAGGGCGGCGCCACCUCCACCUCCUGCGCGCUACUCGUAUUAAAGUGCACCCCUGCGCUUUUGUAACCCAAGGUGUAAAUUAUUCAACAAGAUCGUCGUCGUUGUCUCCAGGUGCACGUGCCGCGAUAUGUCUUUGUCUGCCAGAGCGCGUUUCGUUCGCCUGCGCACCAUAGUGGAAGAGUUCUGUUGCGGACUUCACAUUCUAUAAAACAACCGCUUUUACACGCUUAAAAUCGUCCUCAUGCUAAAUUGUCAACUCUGCUUUAUUUUUUGCCUUGUUUUUAUUGUUUAGCAUUUGAUAGGUGAGUAAAGCACUAAGCCAGAUUACAUAAAUUAGGUUAACUUGGUGGUUUGGUAAAGACUUAAAGGAACGCAUAGUUAAAAAAAAAAAAAAAAAAAAUCUUCUUUCAAAGAACACUUCAAUGUAUCACUGUAUCUUUUUAUCUUUAAAAUUUGGAAUGAUCUUAUCGUUUGUUAUUAAACUACUGUAACAAGCGCUAUGACAAUUUUGAUUUAGAACCAAAAAUACAUUUGUGUAAAGGGUUUUUUUUUUUUUUUUUUUUUAAUUUUUUUUUUUUUUUUUUUUUUUUUCCCUCUUUCUCUCUCUUUCCUCUCUAAGCCUUUUUGUUAAAGUGCGGCAUGCAAGUAAGAAUACAAUCUCCGCAGCAAUAAAAACCUUUCCGUCUACUGGCUUUAUUGAAAUUGUGCUGUAGUGUGCUUUUUAAUUGCAGAGAAUCGCAGUUCAAGGACUUUGUAUCAUUUUCUUUCAUAGGAACAUUGAAAGUUUUAAUAAAAAGACUGGAACCUG